UUUCUAUCCUUGUCUGGCACUACUCGUUGAUUUUUCAAACUAAUCUGCAAUUGCUGAUGGAGAUUGCGUGACGGGAACUCGUGGGUUUCCUGUUUGGUGGUCGUUCUAAUAGUCUAAGAUUACGCGCUCUCUUAUCCUUCUUCGGUUUCCCUGGGCGUGUUGGCUCCGGGGGAAGUUGGUUUUGGUUGGUUUGCAGCCUGUGGAGUUUUGUGAUAUGGAAGCGGAGGGCCGCUUUUGAUUAGUUCACCAUUCUAUGUUAUUCUUCAUCUUCUUCAUCUUCAUCUUUUACUUCUUUGGUGGUAUGGGAAAUAAGUUGGUUAAGAAGAGGCAAGUAGUAGAUGAGAGGUACACGCGGCCACAGGGCUUGUACCAAUUGAGCAAAGAUGUGGAUCAUAAGAAGUUGAGGAAGCUUAUCCUCGAGUCUAAGCUGGCUCCUUGCUAUCCGGGCGCCGAUGAACGUGGGUUUGAUCUCGAAGAGUGCCCGAUUUGUUUAAUGUACUAUCCAAGUUUAAACCGGUCCAAGUGCUGCAUGAAAGGCAUAUGCACAGAGUGUUUUCUGCAGAUGAAGCCGUCUCAUUCUACUUGCCCUGAACAGUGUACACGGUGCCCUUUCUGCAAAGCAUCAAAUUAUGCUGUAGAAUAUCGUGGUUUCAAGACUAAAGAAGAGAAGGGGAUGGAACAAAUUGAAGAGCAAAAGGUUAUUGAAGCAAAAAUAAGGAUGCAACAGCAAGAACUUCUUGAUGAACAAGAAAGGCAGCAGGGAAGGCAAGAAAGAUGUCCGAUGCAUCAGGAAAUUGAACAUAGGGAUGUCACGAAUAGCGCCAGCACUGGACCAGUUCCAUCAUCCAUGCCAGUUUCUAUUCAAAACGAAGGAAUGUUACCAUUGCAGAGGCAACCUGUCCAUACCAGGCAAAAUAGGGAUGAAGGAUUUGAUGUGGACCUGGAGGAUAUAAUGCUUAUGGAAGCAAUAUGGUUAUCCAUUCAGGAACAGGAUGGUCAAAUGAAUGUGCCUUAUGAACAACCUGCUCAUUCAAGAGGUUCAGGCCUAGAGUACCAACACACGGCUUCUGACUUUGCACCAAGAGAACCAUCUCCUUCUGCUGGGCUGGCUUCUGCCAUUGCGUCAAUGGCUGAAAGACAAAUUAUGGAUGCAGAAUCCGCUUCCAGUCAGGGAUCCAAUGAACAAAUAAGAUCCAGGUAUAUUGCUUCUUUAGAAGGUGCAGGCAUAUCAACCACUAGACUUCGUGUUCAAGGGGACUGGAUUGAUGUCUCCUCAGAAAGUGGAAGACCUCUAUACGGAGGGGAUGCUGGAUGGAUGACAGAUCAGAGGCCAAAGGUAGCAGAAGCAAGCACGAGCAAUGCCAACAGCCAACUGCAUUCAGUUUCAGGUGCUACAACUGAGUGUUUACCAUCUAUGCAAGAUUUGGGUGUUCGUAGUGACUUCUCCAUUCCAACAGAAGAUGGUGGGAUCGUACCUGAGAGUUUUGAGGAGCAGAUGAUGCUUGCUAUGGCCAUUUCUCUGGCGGAGGCCCGAGGUCAACCUGCCUUGCGUGGAUCUUGGGACUAGUACAACUUGACAUCUAUAUGACGAUUCCCAUACGAGGAAUAAGGACGUAGAACACAUAAAUGGAGAUAUAAAAACAGUUGAAUCAGAAAUAAUCCAUGUUAAUCAGCAAUCACUUUUCCUUCUUAUAUUUUUGUUUUCCAUUCUCUCUGUACAUAUCAGAUUUCUGUAAAAAAAUGUAAAGAACAAUGGUCAUUCAAUUGAUUUUGAUUCUUAUAAUUCUUGUAAUCUCUUGGAGACUGUUCAUGUUAAUCAGCAAUCACUCUUCAUUCUUAUA